AUAGAGAGAGACCCUACGUAAAAGCGAGCCACCGACCCUUGGUGGGCUGAAGGAGUCUCCGUUUUCUAUGCGCCACCGAAACAAUCCUCUCCUCAACAGCACGGAAGGCGAACAACGUGCUCCCCGCCAAGAUGAGUGCUGAUCUGUGUUGGUUGAUCAUUCGCAACAAUCAUGCGUACCUCGCGAAGAAGAGGAACGUCAAGAAGCCGUUCUCCACGGAACCAAUGAACCUUAAGAAUGUCAAUAGCCCUCGUUACAACGGCUUGAUCCACAACAAGAUGCUGGGCAUUGAGCCUGCCCCUGGCGGCAAGGGUGUCGUACUCUCCUUCAAAGCCCGGAAGUACCAGACAAAGCCAUCUAAGAACCUUAUUAAGACCACCAUCAAGUCCGGACCUCGCAGGGCCCUCCACUCCAUCAGGAAAUUCAUCAAAGGAAACCGCUACAGAAAGGAUUUGAAAAUGGCUGCUCUCCGCCGCGCAUCUGCUAUCUUCCGCUCUCAGAAGGCUCAGCCAUUCAAGAAGAUCCGCCGAAGGCCCCGUGGUACCAAGGCUGUGAAGAAAACUGAGUAAAGUUUUGAAAUAAAGAAAUU